AUGAAUUCAAGAGACCCACCCAGUAAAAUUUUGUUACUUAUCAUAACCUAUCUACCUCCUUCUUUCCCUCUUACGAAUGAUUACUUGUUUGAGACUUUCAAAUAAUACGGAGAGAUCAAAAAAAUACUCAUUUUUGAGAGAGGAAAAACAAAUAAAGCAUUCAUUGAAUAUUAUGACAUCAAACAUGCAAUCUAAGCUAGAAGAGAUAUGAUGGGUAAAUCAAUUACAAUUUAGGGAGGCAGGUAUUUAUUAGUUGUUGAACUCCUAAUAGGCUCCUCAUUCACUUUUCUCGUUUAAAGUAGCUCAAUCUCGAAGUGGUUGAUCAUACUCGAGGCACUCAAUAUUAACCUCAUGAAGUAGAGACAUAAGUUUAACCCGAAAAACAAGUCUAAAAUCUGCAAAACGCUCCAAUUUUAAUAGAAGAAGAAAUUAAACCACCUCUAAUAGAUUUAACAUAGGUGAUUAAAUUAGAAGCUGCCGAUGUGUCUCAUACAUCUGAAGAAUCUCCGACUAAAGCGAUGUUUAAAAUUAUAAUUAAUUAAUAGUAUGGAAACAUAAUUAAAAUAAUUGGAAAGAAUUUUAGAUGAAGAUUAUGCAAAUGAAGUAGCAAGAUCUAACCUAACUCAAUUUGAUGAGUAACAAUAAGUCAUUAAUGAAUUACUGGCUUAAAAACCAUCGAAAUAUUUGAAAGUACAAAACAUAGAUGAGAGAGUGACUGCUAAAAUGUUGUAUAACAUUUUUAAUAGGUUUGGUCAUUUGAAUGCAUUAUUAUUUUAAAAGAAGGACAAUGCUGCAAUCUUACAAUUUACAAAUGUCGAUCAUGCUACCAUUUCUAAAGAACUCCUCAAUAAUAUUAUGUUUUUCAGCAGAGAAGUACUAAAAACCUAUUGAUUCUUAGAUAAGAAUAUUGUUUCAUUAGAUUGAUAAUCUUGAAGCAUCAAAUCCUAAUGAAGAAUAUUAUUUUGGUAGUUAAACUAAGUUUAAAAUUGUUCCUCUUAGUAAAGUCAUUGUGUUUUCUGGAAUCUACGAUUUGCUUGAUAUUCAAGACAUGGUUAAACUUGUUGGUAAAAUUCAAGGUAUCAAUCGACCUUAUUAACUAGAAAUCAAAUUAGAGUAAAACUGUAUUUAGAUUACAAUGGUUGAUAUCUAUGAGGCAUUGAAGGUCAUUUCUGUUCUUUCAGAAUACGAGUAUAAGGGAAACAAAAUUAAUCUAACUCUUAAAUGA